AUGGAGGCCUGUAAGAUGGACAAUGUCGAUCGUCUCCGCUUACUGUUGCCGCCCCGACCUAGCGCCACUUGCAGCCUACUCAACUAUGCCAACCACAAUAUCCAUUCUCCAUCGCCGUUUGCAAAAUUUCGCACUGUACACUCGCCUAUUAGGAACGAUGAUGAGCGCUUCCCUCAUAGUUGCUGUGGUAGCCCCAGGUACACUGCAUAUAAUCGACACCGAUACCCUCCUCAUCCAUGCUAUUCACACCACACUCCUUCCCUUGAUCAUCGUCGUACCCACCAGCAUCCAGAGGGCGGCCAUGCAAAGGUCAGCUUGGCGCGAAAACACCUAAAAUCUCGAAGCCAGGGUCAACCUGUGAAUGCUUCUUUCUCACGACUAUCUAGAUCCUACUACUCAUGUAUUGAGCUAUCAGGCCCCAAUAGUGGGCCCUUUGGCGAAUCAGAAUUGAAUCAUUCCAGUUCAAAGAAUAAGCUUGUUUUUGAACCGGGCAAUGAUAUCUGCUUAUCCGAGGGCAGUGGCCAGCUUCCGGCGCUUCAUUCUAGCUCAAAUGAAGUAAGCUUCAUCACUCUCCAUGUCACCCUUUCUGCUUUUAUGUUCCUAUUUUUGUGCCGUUUUAUUCUUUAUUUCCUUUUAGUAAUUUUUUAUUAUUUUGGCACUGAAUUAUGUAUUAAUGUUCUAUGGUUUUAG